GUCUGCUUCUUUAAACUGCGCCCGCCGAACGGAUAUCGUAUAUAAAACGCUUGGGGCAUGGCGCCGCGACUCCGUUGCCAGUCUUUUCGAGUCUGAGAGACCGCCUGGCCUCUCUCGCCGUCACGAUUUAUUUGGACUCUUAGCAAGCCCUUUCCGGACGAGGGAAUAGAUCCUUCUUAUUUUGAGGGACGACAAUGCCGAGGGAGAUUCGACAGCCGGAUGGCGGCCCUGGUGAACAGUUUUCCGAUCCACCCCUCGCUGGAGGUUUGCCAGUACUAGCAAGCCUACUAGGGGAUUCCUGGGGGCCUGGAACAUAUCCUACAUAUCCUACAUAUCCUACAUAUCCUGUUCCCUCAAAUUCUGGCUCCGGCUCGUCUUCCAAGCAUCCCGCCGGGGCGACCUCUGGGCCCGUUAAGGCCUCGUCACCGGCCAGUGUUCUCCCGCCCGAGUUUGGACAAAGAACACCGCCCACAGGCUUCCAUCUCUCCAGCUUUGAUAUAAUCCCACACCCAAUUGACCCACUAUCGGUACCGACAUGGCAGCAUCAUCACUAUUCUCCUCCCUCCCAUUAUGCUCUCCCCGACCCCUCCUCAUCUCUUGACGCUCAAGCACAGUACCCCUGUCCCAGAUGCCACAGAUCCUUCUCCAGGCCGAGUUCUCUGAAAAUCCACAUGUACUCGCACACGGGCGAGAAACCUUACAAAUGCAAUCAUGAAGGGUGUGGACAAUAUUUCAGCGUGAGGAGUAAUCUGAAACGGCAUGAAAAGAGCUGCCAUGAAGCCCCGGAUGCGAUAUCGUUGCGACCGAUUGACCCCGAGUCCAAAGGGCAGAGUCCGCCCGAGGAAGGAGACGGGGACCAGCCACGGCAAAAUGGCGUCGCGGACAAAGGGGACAGAGAGUCAACCCGAGCCGGGCCUCAUCGCGAAUCCUCCCCCGACGGCGCCCAGCACGCCGCCGCGGAGCCGGACGACGACGACCCUCAUACGUGGUUCUCCUUCCUCGAGAGAGCCGACAGCCUCGACCACAUGUCCUUUGGAGAAGACUCGUCUGGCAUGCUCAUCCCCGGCUUGGCCGACGACUCGACCCUAGCAGGAAAGGAGCAAAGCGGAGAAGAAAAUGCCACUCAACAUCAAUCAUUGCAAGGUUCCCAUUUCACCACGGGCUGCACGAGCACACCAGCCACGGGUGGACUCAAGCACACGCCAGACCCAGGAGGUCCAACAGCCAACUCUGACCCGAGUGCGCUGACUAUGGGCCGAGGUGACUUCCAACACGAUUCGGAGGAUUUCUUCGAAGGACAACUCGAUGAAUACUCCAGGUCGGCGGCGCUUGUUGACUUCUUCCCACCGUCCGACUCGGGCGAUGGAUACGUCCCUUUUACGAGUGACAGUCCAGCCUCGUCCCGGAUCGUCUCGUCGGGAGAGGAAUCCUUUGUGCUCAAUUCGGACUCGCCGCCGGCCUUUGCGCCGUCUUUCGGAGAAAACAUCGAAAACAUCGAUGGUCUGGUGCUGGAAGUGGGAGUGGAACUGGUGAGAGAGUUUGUGACACACCAGGGCGGGCUUAGGCAAGGCACUCCACAAAGCUCCCAAGAUUCUUCCUCCGGCUCGAAGACGAAUGGUGGAAGCGAUGCCACCGCCGGCUCUCCGCCCCGCGACGGUCUCCUCCACGAAAGCGAAGGCGAGGACGAAGACGGCAUGAGACGACCCAAGAGACCGCGGAUCGAGAAAGCAGACCCGGCCACCGCGGCCGAGGUCCUUCUGGCUUGUCCAUACACCAAGCAUGAUCCGGACAGAUUCUCGGAGAGGAAUCAGAACCUCAGCGAGAAGGCGUACCGUCGAUGCGGAAGCGUGUGCCUCACGAGCAUCCCUCGCCUCAAACAGCACUUAUAUCGGGUCCAUCGCCGACCCGACCACUACUGCCCGUCAUGCUACAUGGCCUUUGAGACGGCCGAUAUGUUCGACGCACACUCCCGCGCGCGGCCGUCGUGCACAUUGCGAGACUGCCCGUUUGAGGAGAAGAUGACGUCCGACCAAUAUCGAGCGGUGAAACGCCGGAAAACGGGCGCGACCCCGGCCACUGCGUGGUUCGGCAUCUUCGAGAUCCUGUUCCCCGGGGCGGAGCGCCCGGACGAUCCAUACGUGACCUGUGCACGGUCCGAUGAGAUGGUCCAGACCAUCCAGGGUUACACGGCCUUCCUGGGCAACCGGCUUCCCCUGCGACUCUCGGAGAGAUUGGGCGGGCCGCUGUUCGGGGGCGACCCCAUGACGUUCCAGUGGCUCAUCAACAUGGCGCUCGAGGAGACUCUGCCAACGCUCCUGCGGGAAUUGCACGGCGAGUAUCAGACGCUGAGGCCGUUGGAAGCAGGCGAUCCUGAUCCCACUUGACACGAACUUGCUCUGAAGAUUCUUGAGGUACCAUAGGACCUUUCUCAGAUUUAUCGUCCUGGUGCUGUAAAAGGGCCAGAUGUCUGGACUGGGACCAGACGACCAUUGUCUACAGCCUCGCCAGCCUUGUCAGCCUUGCGUUGGGGUAAUACGUCCCGUAUCCAUGGCGGGCAAACUCCGCGCAGAGUAACAGGAGGCUUUUCUCCAACUCCCUAGCUGCUCCAAACCUCCGACUCCGGCUCUCCCUAUGAGCACUGAGUUCUCAUAGAAAGCAAAUGAAUCCCGGCACAUGCUCAAGGAACGAGGACUCGGCCUCGGAAUACGUGAGACGGUGGAGCUGAAUAAGCCGACUUUCCUACCGCGCAGCACACUGGAGACCUUUUUUUACAUUUCUCCCCUGAACAGAAAUUUGCAAGGUCUACAUUAGGAA